GUGGCCUUAUAUUUCCGGUGCUCCGCGGGCGGCCAUGUUGCAAGGGCUGGAACGGCGCAGCGGCUUUUGCUGGGUCCCGCGGCGGCCGGUGACCUGCAUUGGCUUCCAAGUGGUUUGGACGUAUUAGAAGUUCCCAUUAGCCUAAUGCCAUGAAUGUGGAGGUGGACAAUGUGGAAGAAAAAGCUGUCCAUUCCUGGUCAAGGAUCUCCUCUGCAGGACAGAAAGCCUUGGAAGAAGCUCUCCGAGUGUUCAACCCCAUGUCCAAGGACCUGUCUGACACAGAGACCCAGCUGGUAGCUUUUCUUCAAGGCCUCAGGGAGGAAGGCUACCAGCCCACAAUUCUAAGGAGUAAAGACGUGUACGGCUACAGCUCAUGUACAGCCAAUAUGCCCAGCCAGCCAAAAGGCAGCAUCCAGAACACUUCAAAAGCAGCUGCCCCUGUUUCAGAGUCUGCUAAGGCUCCAGCCCGAAACACAGCAACCACAGCAAAAAUAUCUGGCCCCUUCGCAGGUAUUACAGUAAGUUCUCCUGAAGACUCUGCUAAACCAUUGUCUAAGAACAGUAAUUCCACAAACCUCCUCUUGAACUCAUUGAAACGGACACGUUCGGGCACAUCAAAAGCCUCUGCGGUGGGCUUUCCUUCUAACAUGUACCCUGGUGUCUAUCCAGCCAUGAGACUGUCUGUGGUGCUAGAGGCCUUGGUUCCACUGAAAGCCACAGCAUCCUGUCUGGAGUCAAAAUGUGAGCAAGGGCAUCUUGGGAUUUCUCCCUCGGACCUUAAGCUCCUCAAGGCAGCUAGUGCAUCCAGGCAGUCUUCAGCCACCAAGGCCACUAAAAUAUCACCUGGUCAGAUGGACCCCAAAGGGUAUCGGCACCUAAUAAAGAAAGUGCCGGACUCUGCCGCUCUGACUGUGAGCCUUAUGAAAGGACCAAAGGGUGGGGUGCUGCAGGAAAGCAAUGCUUGUAAAGCCUCUGGGAUCCUAAAUGGCAGGAUAUCUGGAAGUGCCUCCCAGAGCUGUAGCACGGGAACAUCCAGAAUGAAGGAGCCAUCUGUGAGUAAAUUGGAACGGAGAGGUGGUGGAAGCCAUCAGGAGACUCUUGAGCAGAAAAGGAAAAGAGGGGAGGAGGGAAAGGAAUUGCCACGCCGGAAGAAACCCAAUUCUGUUCCGCCCCCCAGUAAACCGGAACUGGCUUCGGCAACGCUGAACCUGCUGAAAUUCCAGGCCAUCAAGGUGAACAGCUCUUCAGAUGAAGAAUUGAGGAGGAGAGCACAGAAGAUCCUUAGGGUCAAUCUGUCCCCUGUUAUUAGAAUUCAGCCAUUGCCUCACUCUCACAGUGUCCCUUGAGUUGCUUAGCUAAGUUGGAGCCACAGGGCCACACAGUGCAAGUGCGAUCAGACCAACUUCAGGCCCCUUGGGGGUUGAUGAGGAUGUACAUGCCUGCAGUCUUCCAGUGGCUUGCCCUCAGGCCAUAGCUAGCAGCUGGGGAAUAUUCUGCAGAGCUGGGCAACUGCUGGAUUAUAUUAAAAAAAAAAUGUUUAGAAAGACUGGAGGAGGCCUCCCAAGGCCUCACUGCAAGAAAAAUGGAGCAGAGCAUUGGCCUUCCUCUAGAACUUUUCUACAGUGUUUUUGUAAACAUGGCAGAGCAUACAUCUGGGGUUUGGCAGUACUUGGGAAUAUUGCUGUACUGUGAUAUUUUUCUUUUCUUUUUUCAGUCUGUAAAUCUACUUGGUUUUAUUUUGAUCAUAUUUUAUAUACUUAUUAAAUAUAAAUAUCUAUGGACUCAUGUA